ACGGACACCGGCCGCGGCCGCCCCCGGCGCAACAGCGAGACCUCCUGCCCCUCGUCCCCGGCCCCGGGGCUGGCCCCGCGCCCGCUCCUGAGGUCACACAGUGACCCCGGUGUCCCCAUGGCCGGCCGUGCCGCAGAUUUCAGAGAAGUACUUUAUACCAAAGCACUGGAGGACACCGUAUCCGACUCCUCCGCUGAUACAGGGCUGUGCUCUGAGGCCUGCCUGCUCCGCCGUUCCCACUGUGACUCCCCGCCGCUGCUCCGGGCCGGCUCGGUGGGGAAGAACAAGCUGCCACCCUGCAAGAAGGUGCCACAGCAGCUGUCAAAGACAACCACCCGCUCCCUGGGGGACCUCAAGGGCUACCGGGGCACCCGGGGGCUGGUGGCCAGGUUCCUGCAGAGACCCAAGCGCAGCCUGGCAGCUGGCAUGGAGGUGUCCGGGCACAGCUUCCACGGGCACAAACAGGUUCCCUGGAGUGCCUGGCCGGGGGCAGAGCGGCCCCACGAAGGAAUCCACCUGCAGAGCUGCGGGGACCUGAGCUCCACCUCGUCCCUGCGCCGGCUCCUGUCCACGCGCCGGCUGGAGCGCAGCCGCCCCCGGAGCCUCAGCGGGACCUGCAAGGAGAGCGCGCUCUGAGGACACAGCCUCACCUGCAGGGACCCUGCCGUGCUCCGGUGUGGAGAGGGCUCUGGGCUCAGCCCUGGACAUUGCUCGGACAUUGCUGCUGCCCUGGUGGGGCUGGGCCCUGCGCUGUUGCCCCGGGGGCUCAGCUGGGCCCCUUCCCCAUGCGGGGCUGGGGUGAGGGACCCCUGGGGUGUCUGCUGGGGAUGGCAGUGCUUGUCCCCUGCCUGUCUGGGAUGGUUAUGUCUGUUCCUCGCCCUAUCCCUUGUUCUGGACACGCCUGUCCCUUGCCCUAUCCCUUGUGCCAGCUGUGCCUAUUCCCUGGGAUGGCCACGCCUGUCCCCUGCCCUGUCCCAUGUUCUGGCUGUGCCUGACCCACACACUGGCCAUACCCUGUCCUCUGUGCCAGCUGUGCCUGUGCCCUGGCAUGGCCGUGUCUGUCCCCUGUGCCGGCUGUGCCUGUGCCCCGGGGCAGUCAUGCGUGUCCCCUGCCCUGGCCAUGCUGCCCUUUGCCCUGUCCCUUUGGCUGGCUGUGCUGGCUUGAUCCCCGGUCCCUUGUGCCAGCCGUGCCUGUCCCCUGCCCUGUCCCCUCCACUGGCCGUGCCUGCCUUCUGCCUUGUUCUUUUGGCUGGCUAUGCUGGCUUGAUCCUCGGUCCCCUGUCCUGUGCCAGCGUGCCCGGAACUGCCGUGCC